AUGGCACCCCCGAUCUCGUGCUCGACGUCUGCAUCCAUACCUCGCCAUCCACUCUCCUUGCUCUCCUUAGUUUGUCUCUGGAACACUCAUUAUGCAAUUCACCAUUCCAUCAAGUCGUGCAGGAGUAACAGCACCAUUCGUCUUAUCAAGAACCAUGUCGUCUCUUACCUCUGGACAGGGUUCUUACGGGAGCAAAAUGGAACUAUCGGCUCAUCGAUGCUCUUGAGGGAGAUGGCACGCACAAAUCUGGCUUUCGUCAAAACAGCUGCGCCAAAUGAUCAACAUGCUAAAGAGAACCUGAAACGCGAAUGCGAGAACUACCUCCUUAUCGCAUUGGGCGCGUGCUUCCGGAAGAUGUGUGACGCGAUCGGCGAUCCCACGAAUAUCAGCAACAGUGAUGGUGGCGGCAUAUCGUAUGCCGCUUUCGAAUGGCUGGAGACCACACUGGCUGACGUGGAACACCGGCCUGGCAAGCUAUUUCAGUCCGGUUCUCGUUGCUCAGCCCAACCAUACGCCAUGCGCGCCCCUGAACUCUGGCAAGGCCAGCCCUGCACCCAACCCUCGCAGGUUUGGGCACUCGCCGCAAUGUUGCUCUGCUGGAUGAAGCCCGGGAUUUUGGGUACCGGGGGCUGUCCAACACCCAUGAUUCGUGAGUCAUGGUGCAUCGCGAAACUCAUGCGGCUCUUUCCUAGUUGGACCGUUCCGCCUCUUGAUAAUGAUGUCCGCCAAUGCGAAUUUUCAAUCUUGCCAAAGCUCUCAUCGACGAUCCUCCACCAGCGCUGGAACAGAUUUCUGUUCUGGAGGAUGAGUUGCGAAAUUGUGCAUAUGCCGAUAGAGUUGAUGAACCUGCUUCAUUUCAUGUUGAUUGUCAACCCGGAUGAAAGGCCAUCUGCUAUCCAUGUGUUGGCAUCGAACGAGUUUCUGGCUCUGGAGAAAGCCGUUCAAAAUGAUAUCGCACACACUAUCCUUGCUCCUCCGACAUCACUUCUAAGCCUACUCCGCCUUGAGUACUAUAACUCGAUAUCGCGAAACAGGGGCCUAAUUGGUUCUCUGUUCGCAGGAAUCAGCAUUGCAAUCACACAAAAGGAUGCGGGAUGUCUGCUCAACGGUCUGCUUGGUUUCAUCCUCCUGAACGUGUCCGCCCUUAACCUUGGAGCCACCAGCAUCUUUCUCCCUGCACAGAGUAGUGGGCGUUUAGGGUCACCGUCACUCCCAUGA